UUAAAACUUUUUUAUUUUUUAUCUUUAGGAAAAUAAGAAAUAAAUUUUCAAGAUGGAUCGCUAUAAUAUUCACAGUCAAACGGAGCAUUUACAAUCCAAAUAUGUUGGUACAGGGCACUCCGAUACUACUCGAUUUGAAUGGCUUGUUAAUCAGCACAGAGAUAGUGUUGCAUCGUACAUAGGACAUAACAACUUGUUAGAUUUUUUUGCCAUUGCUGAAAACGAAACCAAAGGAAGAGUGACAUUUAAUUUACUGAAGAAAAUGUUACAGCCUUGUGGAAAGCCCACUGAAAGACCUGAGUGGGAACAGUAAUUUUUAAUAAUGCUGUUAUUUAGAAUUUCAUCUAGACAUUUAUCAAGUAAAAUUUAAUAAAUAAUCUUGCAUCCUAAA